AUGAUUUUUUCACCAGUUCUCCUUGGAGCACAAGGAGUCUACAUGUAUCCUGGGGGCAUAAUUUUUCCACAGACUACUUUUCUUGGCCACGCGAUUGCCCCUUGCCCUUCUGAAGGCUCCAUUAGCCCCGCCUCGCUCCCAGGGACAUCUCAAAGUCCAUUGUCAUCUCAGCCCAGCUGUAGCUACACUACUCCAUCACCAACAGGUUCAGUGGCGCUCCAGGAAACCUCAAAAAAUUCCAUCUCUCUGAUCAAAGGCCGGCUUCCAAUAUUCGUCCAGAUCCACGAAAAAGGAUUGAGGGAAAAGGAACCGUCUGCGCGAAGAAGAAGACCUAGACGCCCUCGAGGUCCAACUCACUACAAAACGGCCGUUACUUCAAAGCGGACGGAAUUUGCCCGAAGGGGAAAAGAUGCCGGUUCGCCCAUGGAUUUUCUGAAUUGA